CCCUGUUUUUUGUCUCUUUGGAAGAUGUAACAGUUGCAAACGGAACUGCAGAGCUGCUGCACACGGAGCACAUCUGGUACCCCCGGAUACGAGAGAUCCAAGGUGCCAUCAUCAUGUCCUCGCUGAUCGAGGUGGCGAUCGGGCUGCUGGGGCUGCCCGGGGCGACUAUUUUCCUAGUGCUGUUGUUCUCCCAGUAUGCCAGAAAUGUCAAAUUUCCCUUGCCCAUUUAUAAAUCCAAGAAAGGAUGGACAGCAUACAGGCUGCAGCUUUUCAAGAUGUUCCCUAUCAUCCUGGCCAUCCUGGUGUCGUGGCUGCUNCAGGGGAAAUCUCGGAGCAGUGAACUCUUUGUGUCCGUCUGCACCUUCUGUCCUGCCCAGUUACCCCUUGGGCCUGCUGAGGAGAUGAUGAAAAAGGAUUUGUACCGACUCACAGGCAGAGCUGUUGAUGGGAAGGACGCGCUGAUGUCCCAGCUGGAUUUCUGA